UUUGUAUUUGUAUUUUCUAGUUGCAUUUUUUUGCAUUGACAACAACAGUCUGUCAAACACACAAUGCUUGUUGCGUUGCGCAGCGGAUUGAGAUUGAGAUUGCCAGUUCAAACCGCGACCACCAUUCGAGCAAGUGCUGGUAUCAGUCAGCGUCAAUAUCAUCAUCAUCAUCAUCAUUAUCAUGCUCUGAAAUCACGGCGCUCUCAGCAGGGGCAUCGCUGCAACGCAUCGGCAGCAGUAGUGCCCAGUCGCUCAAUGGCAUCGCAGCACAACACCACCACCCCCACAGCGACGACGACGACGACGACGGCAAGGACCACCAUGACAGCGAGCGGGAUUCGCACUUACACUCUGGACGAACUGCGCUUCCUCAAAGCACAGAUGCAGCAGCAGAUCUUCGCCGAUCGUCCGCUGCUGCAGGGACCCCGCGAAGACCCCGCGGACGUGUUUGUGACAAACGAGGUCGACCUGAGCCACAUUGACGCGUUCGGAUUCGACUACGAUUACACGUUGGCGUCGUACAACAACGAAUUGCAGGCGCUGAUUUACCAGUUGGCCGCUCAGAGUCUGAUCAACAACAACAAGUACCCGGCAGAGUGCGCAAACUUGCAGUAUGAUCCGAACUUUGCCAUUCGGGGCCUGCACUACGACGUCAAGAAGGGUCUGUUGAUGAAGAUUGAUGCCUUCCAGAACGUCCAGCUGGGCACGGUGUAUUCGGGACACCGACCGCUCGACGACGACGAGACCCGGCGGAUUUACAAUGGCGUGCACAUUCCACUCGAGUACAUGCACUCGUUCAUGCCGCAGCUGACCGAUCUGUUCUCGCUCCCCGAAGCAUGUCUUCUGGCCAACCUCACCCAAUUCAUGCACGACACCCAGCUGCCCUUCCAUCCCGAGUACCUGUACAUGGAUGUAGCGCACGCCGUGAGCGAGGUCCACAGUCGACGGCAAAUGCACCUCGAGGUCAUUCGCAACGUCGGCCACUACGUUCAUCCCUCUCCCAAUCUCGAAAAUCUCCUGUCCACCAUGCGACAGCACGGCAAGAAGGUGUUUUUGCUGACCAACAGUUCCUUUUCGUUCGUCAACGUCGGCAUGUCUCACAUUGUCGGUCCCCAUUGGCGAGAUCUUUUCGAUGUGAUUGUUGUGGACGCGCUCAAGCCGCGGUUUUUCAACGAGUCUCGCCCGUUCCGACAGUUUGACACGACUCUCAACUCGAUGACAUGGACAAAGGUGUCGCGCUUUGCAAGAGGCGGCGUGUACUGCCACGGCAAUAGCCUUGACUUUGCGCGCAUUACCGGCUGGACGCCUGGUCGCGUCAUGUACGUUGGCGACCAUGUUCUGAGCGAUUUGCAAGACCCUUCCCGCAAGCAUGGCUGGCGAACCGGUGCCAUCAUCCGCGAGCUCGAUGAGGAGAUUACCAUUUUGAACUCACCCGAGCACCACCAGAGCUUGACGUGGCUUCUCAAUCUGCAGCGUCUCAUCAAAAAGCUACAACACGUCCAGCAUCACGAAAAGCACAGCCUGCUCCGUGCGUGGCAAGCGGAAAAGAACGAGGUUUCGGCCCAUCUCAAAGACAUGUUCAAUCCGCAGUUCGGAUCUGUCUUCCGCACCUUUCACAACCCGACCUACUUUGCGCAUCGCAUGUCUCGCGUGGCAGACUUGUACACGUCGGACGUGUGCAAUUUUUUGCGCUACUCGCUCGACCACACAUUCUAUCCUCAACGCAUGUACCUGCCGCACGAGCCAGCUCCUCGGCGGGAUGACCAAGGCUUUUUCAAGUGUGGUCCAUGAUUUAUUUCGAGUUUCCGUGUGUGUUCCGGAGGAACUACAGGCGAACGUGUGUUUGCGAUCUUGUAUUUGUUGAAUUUCGUGAUACGUUUAUUUCAAAGUUUAUGCUUCCAUUCUAAUCGAU